GGAGGGAAGCAGGGGGAAAGGAGAGGGGGGUUGGAAGGGGAGGAAAAAAAAAAAAAAAAAAAAAGGCGGGGUAAUUUUGCUGGAAAACGACGACGACGACAAUGGGUUGCCUUUUCUCGUUGUGUUUCCCCCAAAAAACCCACGAAAAAUUAGACCCUACUGGAAAGCCAGCAGAGGAGAAGCUCGAUAAGAAGAAGAAAUCCUCAUCUCCGGGCAAUAAAGGAUCGUCGAAAGAAGAUGGGCUUGCUCUUGGACUUCGGACUAAUUUUGGAUACGAGCGGGAUUUCAAAGACAAGUACACGCUGGGCAAGAAACUUGGCCACGGACAGUUUGGGGUGACCUAUCAGGCCACCAAGAAGGUGACAAAUGAAAAAGUAGCUGUCAAGACCAUUCAAAAAGACCGCAUGCUUCAGCGAAUAGCCGUGGAGGAUGUUGUCCGGGAAGUGAAGAUUCUUCAAGCACUCUCCGGCCACGAGAACGUAGUGCAAUUCCAUGCUGCCUUUGAGGACGACGAGAGGGUGUACAUUGUGAUGGAGUUGUGUGAGGGAGGUGAGUUGUUGGACAGGAUAUUGUCGAAGAAGGACUCGCGGUACUCGGAAGCGGAUGCGGCGAAGAUCGUGAGACAGAUGCUGAAAGUGGUGGCGUUGUGUCAUCUGCGAGGCGUGGUACAUCGGGAUCUCAAGCCGGAGAACUUUUUAUUCAAGUCCAAGAGUGAGGAGUCCUCGCUGAAGGCGACAGACUUCGGGCUGUCCGAUUUCUUAAAGCCAGGGAAGAGGUUUACGGAUGUGGUCGGGAGCGCGUACUACGUGGCGCCGGAGGUGUUGAAGCGGAAGUCGGGACCUGAAUCGGAUGUCUGGAGCAUCGGGGUGAUCACGUACAUCCUCUUGUGCGGGAAGCGCCCAUUUUGGGAUCUGACGGAGGCGGGAAUCUUCAACGAAGUUUUGAAGAAGAAACCGGAUUUCCGAGGCCCCGCAUGGGCCUUGAUUAGUCCGAGUGCCAAGGACCUUGUGAAGCGAUUGCUGAACAAGGACUACAGGGCGCGAGUGACGGCGGCGCAAGCGCUCUCUCAUCCAUGGGUGAGAGAGGGAGGAGACGCGUCCAACAUCCCCUUGGACAUCAGCGUUCUGUCAAAUCUGCGAGAAUUUGUCAAGUACAGUCGGCUGAAGCAGCUUGCCUUGAGGGCGCUGGCCACCACGCUCAAAGACGAGGAACUCAUCGAUCUCCGAGACCAGUUCAAUGCCAUCGACGUUGACGGGAACGGGACCAUAACCCUGGAGGAGAUGAAGACGGCGUUGGCAAAGGACAAGCCGCAAGCGUUGAAAGAGCCGAGGGUAGUGGAGAUCUUAACGGCUAUGGAUUACAACGGAGAUAGCCUGGUAGACUUCAACGAGUUCAUUGUGGCGGCGCUGCGUGUGCACCAGCUAGAGGAGGCAGACAGCGACAAGUGGAAAGUCAGGUCGCAGCAAGCGUUCGAGGUCUACGAUCUGGAUCGGGAUGGCUUCAUCACGGCGGACGAAUUACGGGUCGCGACGGGGAUGAAGGGGUCCAUCGAGACGAUCCUGGAAGAUGGGGAUGUAGAUGGGGAUGGCAAGAUUAGUCUGCCGGAGUUCCAGAAACUACUGCGGAGUGCGAGCAUCGGACCGAAGAGAGGAGGAACGACGGCGGGGGCGGGGCAGGGGCACAAUCACGGUCGACGUGGUCACGUAUCGACAACGAGGGGAGUGGGAGGAGGAGGAGGAGGAGGAGGAGGAGGUGGGGGCCAGGUGGUUGCUGCUGUCGCUGCGCGGAGCCAAACAAAACAGACGGAGGCGGCGGUCGCCGUAACGGCGGGAGAAGGAGAGUCGUGAUUGAUUCUUCGUGGUUGAUGAGAUUCGUCAUUUUCAAGGGAAUCGUUAGGGAACGUAAUUUGUGUGGAAUUGUAAGGAGGGAAUCGGUUGCGGAACUCGUUGAUUAGAAAGCUGCCUGCUUGCUUGAUUGCCCCCGCAAUGUGAUGGUGAUGGUGAUGAUGAUGAUGAUGAUGACGAUGAUGAUGCUCUUUCCAUUCUGAGUUGUGUAUAUCUCUCGCUAGACGGCUGCUUAUCGCUGGUCUUUCGUCUGUCUCUCGGGCUGUUAUUGAAGUUGCCGAGCGGCUCGGGAUCGGGACAUGGCAGGCAGA